AUGCCUUUCAGGCCGAACGCAGCCGCCAACGGAGACAAUGGCAACAACAAGAGCGCAUCCGCCAUCGCUGGCAGAACGAUAGGAGCCGCCGUCAAUAAUGAUGGAGAUGCUGGUGGUACAGCCCCACGAUCGAUGCCUGCGGUCUCGGCCUCAGCAGCGACUGCAGCUCUCCGAAAGACGAUGGCUGAUCGCGAAACUGCAGGUCACUUUGCCUCCAGCACUUCGUCCGCCAACGGCAAUCCUGCCAGUCAACGCAGUGGACCUCCUUCUGCCUUCCACGGUCAAAAUGAUAAGCAUAAUACCACUCGGAGGAGGCAGUCUUCAAUCCCAAAGGUGCCCAUGGGCCCGCGUGCAAUGGACUUUCCCGCUGGCAAGAGAUCCGUGAGCAACUCUGUCUUGCACUCCAAUGGCAUCCACGGCGCCUCAGCCGUCGCUUCUCAAGAUCCUUACACAAACGAGUUGACUAUCAACGACAUCUCCCGCUUCAGUUUCGCUUCCAUUGCCCCAGCCAACCCACGCGAUGAACGCGAUUCCUCCGAGUACGACAACUUCUUAGAGCCUACCUUUAAUUUUGACGACUUCCAUGACCACAUCACGACUUCCGAACCUAAUCUGAGGGACUUUCCCUUGCCCGGCGCUGCUCGUCCGACUCCGAGCAGUAACGACGAUUCUGGGCCUGAUCUGCCAGUCCAGCAGCCCUCCCAGCCCGUGCAGUCCGCUGCUCAGUCCCAGCCUGCCAUACCUGUACCUGCAAGGAAGACCUCGGGCUCUAUGCACUAUAGCACACCUCUCAGUCGGAAGGCUUCUGGAGCCUCUACGCAAUCACGCAUGUCGAACAAGUCGGACUCAGUACACGCACAGAUCACAAAUACACAGUCAAUACUGAAAGGGCGGCGUCAAAGUCACUUUCCACCCAAUGCUUUCAACAACCCAGCGGGCAGCACCAGCUCAUCCAAAGCGCCUCGAAAAUCCAUCGGACCUGGAACAUUCGUGCCUCCCGAUACGACGAAAGCUGAGGGUGUCAAGAGGCGGCCUAGUGUGGGAGGAAGGAGACCAAGCACAGAGAGCAAGAAUGGUCUCUCUCUGCGCUUGACGAACAAGAAGGGCGAUUUGAGCGAUGGCAAAGCUUCCAGGACCAUCCGAGCCAAGUCCUUCAUGGGGGCCAAGAGUCAAAGCUCUAAUGAUUUGCUGGCACCCUCGAGUCCAGAGACCACCAGACCGACUUCAUCUCACGUUCCAGGUACUCCGAACAGACGCAGUGGGACACCUGGUCGAACGACAACUCCCGGAACUGCUGGGAAACGUAUGUCGGUGAUGCCAGGUCAUGGAGGCUUGGGUGCUAGGACAAUCAGUCCUACAGACGCUCGAAGAAUGAAGAGAAUGUCAAUCGUACCUCCUGCACCUCCGAUCCCGCACAGUCGAAUAUCCCAAGCACCACCAACACCUACCGAACCGAUGCCUACGAGACCUCGAUCGACCGUUCAGUCCCCAGCAGUCGGUAAUAGGAAGAGUCUCACUCCAUCAUCUGCAAGGACUACUCCGGAUCCAAACCGGAAGUCCUACAGCUCAGGUCAGUCGCUGUCAUCUGCUACGAGCUAUGCUUCCUCUGUCCGCAAUUCGGCAUCUUUGAGUGCCAGACUAUCACAAAAUCUGAGUUCCUCUCGUUUGCCAACGCCUAAGCCGCGUAUUGAUACAUCAACUAUAGCCCCUCUGGAUAUAGGAGUUCCACCCGUGCCCGCCAUACCGAAGGCAUACGAAUCACCUGGCAGCGAAUUCGAUCAGCCUUUCUUCUCUGCAAGGUCUUCGAGCUUACCACCCAUUGACUCGCCAAUAACAUCGAGCCCUCAAGUCACCAAUUUUGAAUCAGCCAUGAAGACGCUUGAGACCCCUCGAGCACCGAGUGCCUCCUCAAAGGUCUCGCAAACCAUCCCGCUUGAGCCGGAGCUUAGACAGAAGCCUCAGCCCAAGAACUCGAAAAAGAGCAACCACAGUCUUCGCCUGCCUCCGCUCAAUCUCCUUCCGCUCAGUACACCGACAGCGGCCAAGAUCAAGGCAUUCAAGGAUGCUCGAGCUGAGGCUGCAGACGCUCCAUCCACGCCUCCGCCAUACCGUAGUACCAAGACGCCCAGUACGCCCAUGACUGCUUCGAAAGCAAGCUUCUUCACAAAGAGCCAUAGGGCUCAGGAAGAGGCAGUCAUGCGGAGUAGCACGUCUCAUUAUGCUCUUCGGCCAGAUCCGAUGCUCACUCCCGCGAACGAGAGUCCCAGCCUACCGCCUUUCACAUUUGAGCCUGGCUCACUCCAAGACCGUGGUAUCUCGCCAUUUGUGUCAUCCUCGCUUCCAAAGACUGACGAUUUUGCGAAUUAUAUGCGACCCAACUUUACCACAGAGCUCAAUCGGACAGGCCAGGCUAAACCAAACGGUCCACGCGCUCCAAGCUUUUCAGUGACACCGAAGCUUGGAUCCGAACCAAGCCCAGUGGAAAGGUCUGAGGGCGACAACUCUGCUUACAGUGGUCUGCGAAGGAAACUAAGUAGGAAGCGGACCGAUCCGAAGAGUGAGCAAAAGACCUUGGAGCAGCCGGUGGCCACUAACUACGACAACAUGCCUCCUCCCAAACUGCCAGCGUCUGCAACCUGGUCGAACAAUCUCUCCAGUGCGGCGAGCCCUGUGCAGAAGCCGCAAACGUAUCUCAGGUCCAGACGCCAAACCUCUGGCUCGAGUAACAUCCUCAACGCGCAGAGACAGGACAGCAUUGACAGUAAUGCUACGCAUGUGUCAACAUCACGGCCGUCAAUGGAGUCUGUCCGCUCUUUCAUGCAGCACUCCAAUCGAUCUGGUUCGAUCUCAAGUAUAGCCGCUCAGGCGAAGUCGUCGCCAAGAGCCCCGGCUCCGCCGCAAGCACAACCUCCUCGCCAGGAGGAGGUGCUGGACCGAGAUGACAUGGUUGCGGAAGAGGAAAUGAAACGACUUGCUUCGAAGCGAAGAGAUUUCGAAUCGGCAGCAAGGGAGCUUGAUGCGUUGAGGGCAAGAGCUUGCCCGGCGCGUAGAAUCACAGCCGCUACAGCAACUCAGCUACACACUCUCAACAUCUUCGAAAGAGGAGAGAUUGUUGACUAUGGCGAUAUCUACUUCUGUGGUAGCCUGCGAGCGCGCAAAAUUGUCGGAGAUCCUGGAAACACCGCCACAAAUUUCGGCUACGACGAUGACCGUGGAGACUACAAUAUUGUCGAAGGAGACCACUUAGCUUACCGGUACGAGGUCGUCGAUCUCCUCGGCAAGGGCAGCUUCGGCCAAGUCGUUCGCUGUAUUGACCACAAGACUGGGAUCUUGGUUGCUGUCAAGAUCAUCCGUAACAAGAAGCGUUUCCAUCAACAAGCACUCGUUGAGGUCAACAUCUUGCAGAAGCUCAAGGAAUGGGACCCGCAGAAGAAGCACAGUGUCGUUAACUUCGAUCAAAGUUUCUACUUCCGUGGUCACUUGUGUAUUUCCACCGACCUCCUUGGCAUGAACCUCUACGAGUUCAUCAAAGCUCACGAUUUCCGUGGCUUCUCGCUCAAGCUGAUUCGACGAUUCACGAAGCAAAUGCUACACAGUCUGAUUUUACUGCAGAAGCACAAGGUUAUCCACUGCGACCUCAAGCCUGAGAAUAUCCUUCUCGCACAUCCUGUGCAUUCCGAGAUCAAGGUCAUCGAUUUCGGAUCCAGCUGCUUCGAGAACGAGAAGGUCUAUACAUACAUCCAGUCUCGGUUCUAUCGAUCGCCGGAAGUCAUUCUGGGCAUGUCUUACGGCAUGCCGAUCGACAUGUGGAGUAUCGGUUGCAUCUUAGCUGAGCUCUUCACUGGAUAUCCCAUCUUCCCAGGUGAGAACGAACAGGAGCAGUUGGCUUGCAUCAUGGAGGUGUUCGGCCCACCCGAGAAGCACCUGAUCGAGAAGAGCAGCCGGAAGAAGCUCUUCUUUGACUCGAUGGGAAAGCCACGCCUGACGGUAUCAAGCAAAGGUCGCAGACGACGCCCAAGCUCGAAGGACCUGCGGCAGGCAUUGAAGUGUGACGAUGAGGCUUUUCUCGAUUUCAUUGCUCGAUGUUUGCGCUGGGAUCCGAGUCGCAGAAUGCGGCCUGACGAAGCCGUUCGCCACGAGUUCAUUACAGGCGUGAAGUCAGCCGCCUUGAAUACGCAAGUUGGUGCUAGAGGCUCGCAACCCGUGCUUCCGAGAGUUGCGACAAUUGCACAAACUGGACGUGGGCCCAACAGCAGGACGGACCUGGCGACAGCUGCGGCUCAAGCUAGCCUGGUGAAGUGA